AGACCUGGUCCCUUCGGCCGCUCGGUGCGGUGGUUGGCUCCGGAGGCGGGGCUGCCGGCCAGUCCUGGCGGAAGUGGCGCGCGCGGCUGCCACAGAGAGUCCGCCUGCCGGCGCUGGGCUGUCGACCUCACGCCCGGUCGUCUCUCCUGCUUCCUAGGUCCAGGCCGUCGCGGACACCAUGUCCGGCUACCCCAAAAGCUAUAAUCCUUUCGACGACGACGUGGAAGAUGAGGACACCCGGCCGUCGCCGUGGAAGGACGCCCGCGACCCGCCCGACGGGCCCGAUGCGCCCAUGGACCGUCAGCAGUACCUGCGACAGGAGGUGCUGCGCAGGGCCGAGGCUACGGCCGCCAGCACCAGCAGGUCCUUGUCCCUCAUGUAUGAAUCGGAGAAGGUCGGAGUCGCCUCUUCCGAGGAGCUGGUCCGGCAGCGAGGAGUCCUAGAACACACCGAGAAGAUGGUAGACAAGAUGGAUCAGGAUCUGAAGACAAGCCAGAAACAUAUCAACAGCAUUAAGAGUGUGUUUGGAGGAUUUAUCAACUACUUCAAAUCCAAACCAGUAGAGACUCCACCUGAACAGAAUGGCAGCAUUGCACCUCAGCCCAGCAACAAAUUGAAAGAAGCCAUAAAUACAAGUAGAGAGCAAGAAAGCAAGUACCAAGCCAGCCACCCAAACCUCAGAAGACUGCAAGGUGAAGACCCCAUCUCCAAAGAGCCCGCUUCUGCUGUGACUACUGAUGUUUACCCAAAGAACUCGAGCCUUCGUGCCUAUCACCAGAAGAUCGACAGCAACCUAGAUGAGCUGUCCAUGGGACUGGGCCGACUCAAGAACAUAGCCUUAGGAAUGCAGACGGAAAUUGAGGAGCAGGACGACAUUCUUGACCGGCUUACAACCAAAGUGGACAAGUUAGAUAUCAAUAUAAAAAGCACAGAAAAAAAAGUUCGGCAACUCUAAAGAAACUGAAAAAGGAAUUCUACUCAGUUGUGAUGAAAAGAUUCAAAAGCCUCUUUUAAACUCCUAAGGAAUGUUGUUGAUUACAUGGUAUGUAAUUUAACAUGUGUGUUCAAAUGUGGGUCUUAAGAAAUUUUAGUUUCCAUGGAAAAAUAUGUGUGUUCCACAUUUUGGUAAGAUCAACACCUCUGAAGUUCUGUGAGCUGUCUGCUGAGUUGUAGUAUUAACACGGCAGACUAAUUGUGAACUUGAGCCUUGGACUGCUGUGCUAGGAGGGGAAGAAACCUGCAUUUCUCCUUUCAUGAGUAUUUGCACAGAUGUGGGUAGAAUGUCAGCCUCAGAAUGGCUGCCUUCUGUUUACUCAUUUGCUGUGUUUCUCACUCCAAGGCCUUAAUGUGAAUUCAGAUGUGAAGGAACCCUUGGGCUUGUGGCAGGAGGAAGGGUCCUUCCACACCUCUACAUGUCAGUCAUUGUGGACAUGCCUGCACACACACUGAGCACACUGUAGCUCUCUCUCCCUGAAAACGACCCAUGUUAGAUCCAGAAAUGGCCUCUGUUCUUGUCCUGUAUUUCAGUAGAAGGAUUCAGACAGAACGGCUGGACUUGACACCUGCAAGUGUAGAUACUGGAUAAGCCCUUCUUCCCCACCUACUUUCCAUCUCCACGACUCAAGGCCAUCCAGGUAGUUGAUGGGGAAGGAACCCAGGUGGAGUUGGUGGGCCUGAGUAUCACACAAACAAAAACCUUUCCACUGAGCCCUCUGCCUAUGGGAAUAAUACCAAGGCAGUGUUUAUGUGGUGCCUGACGUCUCCUUAUCCACCUGGGACCUCCACCCAGUCUCUGUGUUUCUACAAAGUACCCACCUAGUUUGAGGGCUUAGACCCACAAAUGAUACUAACCUUCUGUAAGACGACUUGACCAAGAAAAAGCCCGGGUACAAUUUUAGCAGCUAGGCAUGUUGAUUCCCUUCAUCUUUCAAAUGAAAAUAUUUAGAAGCAUUAAUUAAAAUUGAUUUCUAGAACAAUUUUUCCUUGUUUUGGUACUUCCAAUAAAAUCACUGAAGUCAUAGA